AUCUCCAUGUCCAUCUUCGUCUUCACCUUCAUCUUCUUGCGUGCGCGCAAUGUCCGAUGUUGAAUUUACCACCUUCUAAUCAGUGUGCGGCCUGAUUGUCUUCUAUUGUGUGUUUCUUUUCAUUGUACAUUUCGAUUUUUAUAAGUCUCUCUUUUAACGUUGACAUCAUUACCUAUACCAUUACCAUUAUUAUUUUCGUCGAUUUUUGUUUGUCUUGGCGUGUAUCACGGUAUACCUAGAACGUAACCAUGGAGAAACGCCUGGCCCAGAUGGGCCAUGCUAGAACGACAUCAGUAGACCUAGCGACUAUAGAAAAGAGAGCCUCCGAAAAGUUACCAGCGCCGGGAGAGUUCGAGAUAGACGGCGAGAGCGUCAGCGAUGCCGAGUCGUUAAAAUCAAAGAGCAGUCCGACAGAGACAACAUGGAUGUCUCUUCCUAGGAAAGACCAGUUGGCGAUUCUAUUUCUCUGCCGUCUGGUCGACUUCCUACAAGUAGCAUCCUUACAAGCUUAUGUCUUCUUCCAACUGAAGAGCUUUGAUGGGUUAUUACCCGACUCUGAGGUCUCGUGUCAAGCUGGUAUCUUACAAGGUGCUUUUACCGGCGCGCAAGUGUUGACUGCAUUCCUCUGGGGUAAAGCCGCGGAUGCGAGUUGGUGUGGUCGCAAACGAGUUCUCCUUAUUGGACUUUUCGGCACAGCUAUAUCGUGCUUGGGCUAUGGCUUUUCGACCAACUUCGCAUGGGCCGUAUUCUUCCGCGCUGUCGGUGGUGGAAUCAACGGCACUGUUGGAAUAAUACGAACCAUGAUUGCAGAAAUCACAGUAGAAAGGAAAUAUCAAUCACGAGCCUUUUUAAUCCUCCCCAUCAGCUUCAGUGUGGCCAACACACUAGGACCAUUGAUGGGAGGUCUACUAGCCGACACCUCCAGAAGUCUCCCCAACAUUUUCGGCGAGGGCGCCGUUCUAGGAUUCAAUUGGAUCCAGAAGUACCCCUACGCGCUCCCCAGCGUGCUAAACACGAUCGCACUAACCAUCACCACUCUCAUCGUAUUCUUCGGCCUCGAAGAGACAUCCAGCAAGAGGAAAGGCAAAGAAGACAUCGGCCUGCGUCUCGCCUCCCAAAUAAAAGCGUACCUAUUCGGAAAACCCGCUCAGCAAUACGGGUUUUUCAAACUCCAACCCUUGGAUUCCCCAGACUCGAUAUCCGAGUCCAAAGACAGCGACGACGAAUCCUUACCCCCUAUCACCCACCACCACAAACGCGACGGCCGAACACUGCCCUUCAGGCGCGUGUUGACGCGCAACGUCAUCUUCACACUCAUCACCGAAGCCUUCUACGAUUUCCAGCUCGGCGCAUUCACAAACCUCUGGACCCUCUUCCUAUCAACACCGCGUUCGCCACUAGAGGAUCUGACAACCCGAUCGCUCCCGUGGGACUUCACCGGCGGCUUGGGCAUGCCCGCCGCCACAGUCGGGCUCGCGACAUCGAUCCUGGGAGUUUUGGGCAUGGCUCUCCAGAUUUUCUUAUACCCGCCCGUGCACGCGCGUCUCGGCACGCUGCGUGGAUUUCGGUGGUUUCUACUCUUAUUCCCCGUGGCGUAUUUCCUCGCCCCGUAUCUUGCCGUUCUUCCGUCUUCUACGGAAUCGCCGGCCCCGGCAUCCGGGCCUGUUAUAUGGCUUUACAUGACUUUGGUCCAGUUACUCCAGGUCAUGGCCCGCACUAUUACGUUGCCGGCUAGCAUUAUAUUGCUGAAUAACUGCAGUCCGCAUCCGAGUGUGCUGGGACUUGUUCAUGGCCUCGGGCAGAGCGUCUCAGCUGGCUUCCGAACAGCCGGUCCUGUUAUUGGUGGGUGGUGGUACGGCGAAGGUCUAAAGAUGGGGAUUGUUGGCGCGAGCUGGUGGGCUGUCGCCUUAGUCUCCGCUUUGGGAUGCGUAUCGGCGAUGUUUAUUUAUGAAGGCAGCGGCCAUGAAAUUCUCCUUGAAGGUGAAGAGGAUGAGCAGCUCUUGGGAUAGGGAUGGAUAGGGUUAUGGCCGGGUUUUUUUUUUUGUUCAUGGGUUUAUUUAUGGAAAGGCAUAUAUACCCGGGAUAGGGACCUCCCAAGGAGGCGGGAUUUACUAUGUUCAAACUUGCAUAUAGCAUUAGCAUACUUCGUACAUACACACGUACGAUACAGUUAAA